AUGGCCUCCAAACAGUAUGCGAACACUCAGCCCGUGGGCUUCACCAACCGCAUUGAGCGAGUCGCUGUCGUCGGUGCCUCCGGCACCGUGGGCACCGGCGUCGUCCGCGAGCUCCUCAAAACCGGAAGACACACCGUCACAGCCAUCACCCGUGCAUCAGGCGGGAGCGCUGAUCUUCCCGAGGGAGUGAAGGUUGCACCUGUCGAUUACGACGACGAGGCCUCGCUGGUCGCCGCCCUGAAGGGCCAGCAGUUCCUCAUGAUCUCCCUCCCCAGCUCCGCCAUCCCCACCAUCCAGCCCAAACUCAUCGCCGCGGCGGGCAAGGCCGGCGUCCCCUACAUCAUGCCCAACUGCUACGGGCCCGACUUUGUCAACGAGAGCCUGUCAAAGGAGACGCUGACGGGGGACAUGGUGCGCGGCGGGCUGGCCGACGUCGAGAAGACGAGCACGGCCUCGUGGAUCGCCCUCGUCUGCUCCUUCUGGUACGAGUUCUCCCUCUCCUUCAACGCCAACUCGUACGGCUUCGACAUCCCCAACAAGAAGGUCACGUUCUUCGACGACGGUAGUACCGCCAUCAACACCUCCACGUGGGACCAGUGCGGCCGCGCCGUCGCCUCCCUCCUGAGCCUCAAGGAGCUGCCCGACGACGAGAGUGACAGGUCCGCCACCGUCUCGGACUGGAAGAACAAGCCCCUCUACAUCUCAAGCUUCAAGGUCUCCCAGCGCGAGAUGUUGGACAGCAUCCAGCGAGUGCAGGGGACGACCGACGCCGACUGGGUUAUUGAGUACGAGAAGUCGUCUGAGAGGUACAAGAGGGGCCAGGAGCUUCUCAAGACGGGAGACUACGGCGGUUUUGUUAUCUGCCUGUACACUCGCGUCUUCUACCCUAACGGCGAUGGAGACAUCGAAGAGAGAUAUGGUCUCGCCAAUGGAGUUCUCGGCCUGCCUCAGGAGGAUUUGGAUGAGGCUUCGGCGAGAGCUAUCGAACUAGCAGCUAAGAACGCGAACCCCUACCAGGGCAAGGGGAGGUAA